AUGUCUGCCCGUUGCAACUGCUCCAAGUUCCAGUUCGAGGCGCCCAAGCCCCAGAUGGUCGCCGUCUGCCAUUGCAAGAGCUGCACGCGCAGCGGCGGCUCCAUCGGCUCUUUCAACGCCGUCGUCACGCUCGACGACGUCAAGUUCAGCAAGGGCUCGAUUGCCGAGAUGAGCAGCUACAACGACAGCGACACGGACAGCGGCAACACCAUCGUGCGCCACUUCUGUGGCACGUGCGGCUCGGCGCUCUUCUCGAUUCCGGAGAAGCAGGGCGAGGGCGCCAUCGGCUACCUCAAGGUUGCGGCGCUCGAGGACCCCGAUGCGUACGCCCCCGGCGCCAACGCCGUGCUCUUCGAGAGCCGUGCGCCCGGCUUCGUGCGCAAGGCGCUUAACUGGCCCGAGGGCGUGCAGGUCAUGGCACGCGGCUCGUAGGGUGCCGGCUUCACACACGGGUCACGCAUCGACAGCUCUCACGCAAAUGGCAUGCUCUGAUGUGUUUGCAUUGAGAUGAGCAUCAGUGCGAGGCUUUGGCUGCCUCUGAGCGCUUCGCUGCAGCGGGCGUCUUUCGUUGCUUCUUCUGCGCGCCGCCCAGCAGGCCCAGCGGCUCGAUGCCGCAGGCCAGGCCCACUUCAAGCUGGCGCUUGAGGGCCCACGCCCACAGCAGGCCCAGGGCCGGCGCAGAGAGCAGCACGUUGAGCACGGCGUAGAUGUCGGGGUAU